AUGUCACUUGCCCGGAGGCGAGUGUUCAGGAAAAUUGCCCUUUUUCACUGUAAAUUGAUCCAUUUGAACUUCCGGGCGACCGGAACAUCUCGGCAGCAUCGUAAAUCUGUGCCUCAUUUCGUCGUUGGGUGCAAAGCCGACCUCCGCCACUGCAAUUUGGAAGAGUUCAACGCGCGCUGCGGUCAGCUUGCCACCAAGGUUUAUCAGGAUGAUCUUUUGUACCCCUGGCAAGGACGCGCCGUUGCUACCGAGCUGUCUUUACCGUACUACGAAACUUCGGUCGUCACUGGCGACGGCAUUGAAGAUCUGUUCACGAAUGCCAUUCGCGCCGCGCUGCUGACCAGAAGGCGCUUUUGGCGCUCCCAUCUCAAGUCCGUCCAGCGUCCCUUGCCACAGCCGCCUCUUCUCCCUCCGAUGCCGCCGGAUUCAGACUCGCAAAUGGCCGAGGGAUCAAAGCGUCUCGCACUUCCGGCCCCGCCUUCUUCGCCAGAACUGCCUGAAUGCGAGCUGCCAGCGUUUGACACUUUCUUUGACUACGAGCGAUACAGCGAUAGCAACAGUGGCCAAUGCUCCAUUCCACUUCAUCGCUGCAUUUUGGCGUCUCGGACCAGAGUUUCUUCUGAGGAAGAGUUUGAUGAAGAUUUCAUCCGACUAAUUUACCACUCAAGAGGAUACUCAAAUGAUCCGAGAAUAUUUUCCACAGUUGAAUCGCGAGCUGCAAGGCUCAACAUGUUCAACACUGGAAAGUACUCCGAUGUGACGUUAAUCGCCGACGAUGGAGCGAUCAAGGCUCAUAGGAUUCUCCUGGCAGCGGGAUCUGAACUCAUGAACGCCAUGUUAAUAGGACACUGGCGACGAGUUGCGCGAGUGCUGUCGCUGGAUCUACGCACGUGUCAUGCCGGACUGGUCGACCCCGACGAAGCUGCUGAUUCAGCUCAUCUCCGCCGCCUCGCGCCUCUGCAUGACGGAGUUUUUACGAAGCUUGAGGCGCAGAUCAUCGAGCGUAUUCGAACCUCCCCGACCAAUAUCGGCCUCCAGUUCAGUAUGACUGCCCUUGAACUUGCUGAACAACACCAUGCUAAUAGACUCGCCGCCUUCAUAACGCGCCACUUGUCCGUCAACUUCAACGAGAUUGAUGCCUUCCACAAGGAGCAAUUCCUCGAGCUCGCGGAGGCGAAACGAGUGAUUAUCGAGAAGGAGAGAUGGCCGCCGACCUGGUACAUGAAGGAGCGCGAUUUGUACGAGCGAACGAUAAAGAGCAUCAAAAACAGAGAAUCACACAAGCGCUCGUGA